AUGAGGGCAAAGCCAGAGAUUGCUGUAACUAAAAAGAGCCAUGAAAAAAUCUCCAUCUCUGCUACACAACAGUCCAUUCCCUUAGAUAUCGUUAUGGAGAUUCUGAGCUGGCUGCCAGUCAAAUAUGUACUGAGAAUGAAGUGUGUUUGCAGGCAAUGGUACACUUUAACUCAAGAUUGUCACUUCAUUGAAAAGCAUAUGAGCGGACAUAGAAUCAAGUGCUCGUACAAUAAAAUCCCUAUUACUCCUCCUGCCAAUAGCCAGGAUAAUUUCCAGUUGAUCUGUGGUUGCAAUGGCAUGUUGCUAAAGAAAAGAAUUGCCUCCAAUAAAUUCCUCAUAAUGAAUAAUGCCACCCGUCAAAUGCUUGAACUGCCUGACCCACAUAAAAAUAACUUUGGUAUGACAUUCUCCUUUGUUCCAUCUACUGGUUGCUAUAAGUUGGUCUCUAUAUAUAAUGAUAAUGAGGAAACUGGAAAUGAAGGUUGUGAAAUUCUUACCAUUGGAAGUGAUAACUCAUGGAGAACUAUCAAUUUCCCUAGCCUAAAUGAUGCUAACAAGAAAAGAGAGAAAAUUAUGGUUGUGUCAGCAGGUGAGGCUGUUCACUGCAUUAAGUUAAACAAGGUUAGAACAUGCUUUUGUGCAGAGAUGGUAUCUCUUGAUUUGGAGAGUGAGAGUUUUAAGAGUACUAUAAUGCCCAAAGGAUUGUUCUCAAAUUGGGAAAAAGUUUGGGCUUUAGAUUGGAAUGGGUGUAUAUCUUUUGCUGUUAGAGUGGAAGAGGUUAUCAAUGUCGUUGUGUUAGAAGAUUACAAGAAGCUCAAAUGGGGUAAAGAGAAGAUUGUUACUCCCUUGGCAUUCACGAACAGCACUCCAAAUUUGAUGGAGGAUCUUGUUCCUCUUUUCGCUCAGAAUGGUGAUUUAUGGUUUUGGGUAAAAGACAAGAGAUUUAUGGCUUACAAUAUUGAAAGUGGGAAAAUUAAUUGCAUAAUAUGGGAGACUGAGGCGUCUAAAAUGGAAAAAUGUGGUUUCUACGUUGGCCCUUCCAGUUUGAUAAAUCUGAAAGGAAUGCAACCAGUGAAGAAAUAACCACAAAGGGUUUUCAAAGUUAAAUUAAGAUUUUAGGCAUUGUUAUCUUAGUUUCAUGUUUUUCUUUUCUGUUUUUAAGGCUUGGUAGGUUACAUAUACACAGCUUCCUCUGAU